AUGAUGCGCUGGCUCGCAGCCGAGCGGAUCAAGGCACAUAUCGGACCCCUCCAUGCACGUCUGCGGACCUAUUCGACCUUGUUUCUCUUUGCCUGCAUUGGUCCUACCGCGGCCUCUGUGAGCUUCACUCCCUACGACACCAUAGAGCAAGGACAGAAGUGGGCUGCGGCAUUCUCAUCUGUGGUCGAAAUCACCUCGGAGAAGGGACUUGCGACUUACCUAGUGAUCAACACCGUCAAACACAUGCAGGAAAAGGAUUCAUAG